UAUAGCAAAAACGAUUUCCAAGAGAAUACACCUAGAAUACAGUUAAAUUCGUGCGUACUAGCCGGUAUAGAUAUCUAUAUAAUUAAAACAAAUCAAAUCUUUCUUUUUAUUUUAAAAAUUCCGUGUGCUUACCUAACUACUUGAAUUUGACAAAAAAAUUGUAUGUAUCUGUAUAGGUUAGAUUAGAAUAACUGCUUUGUUUAUAAUGACUGAUUUUUUAAAAAAUGUUUUUUAAUUCGGCUAAGGUUAGUAUCUGUAUUAUAAUGCUUUUCGUUCGUUUAAAACGCUAUCAAUAACAGAUGGUUCAAUAAUUUAAAAAAAAAACCUUUUUGACAAGAAUAUAAAUAUACUUAUACGUUUAAAACUUAUUGCAGAGUGGUUCUGAAAUGUUCAAGAGUUGUUAUCGAUGUUGUUUAUUUUAUUUCGGUUUCCGACGUCGACGCGACGAAGUGGGCCUAAAUUUGGGACUGUUGGAAAAUGGAAACUCGAUUGCUGGAAGUACCGAACACUAUACCGUCCAAAAGAUAUCGAGGUUGGUAGUUAUCAAAUAAUAUUAAGAAAAGAGCUUACAUCAUAUUAUACAAUAUAAAUGCAAUUUAACAUCAGUUAUGGUCUUUAACAUAUUAUAUAUAUUACAGUUUUGGUCGACAUAUUUCACACGACGAGGAUGGGCUUUCCGUUUCCGGAUUUACGAGUGAUGGCGAAGACGAAGAUCCUCCUCCGAAAACACAAUCGAUGAAAAAAAAAGCAAAAUGGGGUAAAGCGAUGAAUAAAACCAAAGACCCAAAAACGCCCAACUCGUUUCAAACUCUUGCCGGUGUCAGUAUGAUGAUGUUACAACCCAUUACAGCAGGAGCUGGUUCUACUUCUACACCGGACUUGGUGAGCUCUUUAUUAUUAUACAUUUAAUAUUCAAAUACACUAUAAAUGACUCAGGAGAUUCUUUAUAGAGAUUUAUAGAGAUAGGAGAUUUCUUCUAUCACUUUCAGCUACCAUAUACCUACCCACAAGAUGAUUAUUUGUGAAUUCCUUAAAUUGACUAUUUAACCACGUAAUUCAUCAUUUCACGUAAUUUCAUUCAUGAACGGUAUCAAUGUAGUUAUAUUCAAAUAUUCUAUACAAUUGAGAAGUUCAGCGACAAUUGUUAAUUAUGGUGUCUGUAUGGUAAUAUUGAUUACUGAAGUAGGUAUCAUUGGACUCGAUGGCAAAAUCAAUACAACUGAUUCUAUAACUUAAUAUAAAUAUCUACUAUUUUCAGUUAUUUUGGCAUUAUAAAUUCUUAAUUGUUAUUAUGUUUUAUUUUUAUUUUUUAAGAGUUUAACAUCGAGUAAGAAAGAAUUUUCCAAAAAAGAAGACAAAAUGGACUAUCUUUCUCCUGCUUCGUGCAAAGAAACCACAGGUUGGCUUAAAUCUCAAAGUAUGCAGGUAAAGAAAAUGCUAUGUUUUUCUAAUUAAAUAAUAAUGUAUAUAGUAAAUUAUGAUCUUUCGUUUUAGGAUGUGACGUCAACUACAGAUUCUGAUAGUUUUGCGCUGUCGUUGAAAAGCGCCGAUGACGCUAUUGCAAACCCAUCUGCACGUCCUCAUCGUUUUGGCUCAGUGGCAACGUCUAUGUAUAAUGUCACUAGUAGAUUAACGUCUAUAAGAUCAAAGUCUACCGAAGCGGUUUCGAACACUUGGAUAACACCGGUGGACAACGCUCCUCCCGUCGAUCCAAAUGCACACCAAGAACAAGCUUAUGGAAACAUUAAUUUUAAAAUAACUUACGAUCAACAUACGAAAAAGUAAGUGUUAUCAGUAAAAAUACAAACUCUAUUUCCUUUACACGGUCUACAUACACACCGAACACGUAUAUUAUAUGUGUAUAUUGCAUGCGUAUAUUUUUUGUUGUAUAUAAAAUGUACGUAAUAAUUAGUUUAGGAUCAAUAUGUUUAUUAUUCAUUAAUUUUAUUCCCUUAAAGAUAUAUACGACUAUGCAAGUUUAUAAUAUUUCUAAAGGUAAUAUGCUAGGAGCUAGUUUUAAUUGAAAAAUUAAUUUUAAGGUUGUUUGUUCGUGUGGACAACCUGGAUGGAUUAGCGCCGAAAGGAAAAGAUAAACGACCUUAUAAGACGGUUUUAAAACUUACACUGUUGCCCCAGGAAAAAUCCAUAAAAACUAGUAAAACUAUAGCAGCCGCUAUGAGUCCCGUUGUAAACGAAGAUUUCUUUAUAAGUACCAAGUGUAUUGCAAACAAAGUUCUGAGGUAGGUAAAUUACAUUUUAAUGGAUUUUUUUUAUGUUGUAAAAUGUAUACGGUAUUUAGGGUAUCUGUUUUUGAUCACGAAUAUCAAGGGAAAUAUGAUGCGGUUGGCCAUGCUCUAUUUUAUUUGGAUAACAUAACGCCCAGUAACGACGGGGCACAAAGCGUUAAACUUUACAAAAAUUCUUGGGUAUGUCGAAAAAUAAUAAAUAUAUUAUAAAAUUAAUUUACAGCGGUGUACUUACAGUGGUCAAAAUUCGUCUUCUGUUUUAUCAUAAUUUAUUUAACCAACAUCAAUUUUAAUUUUUGUAAUACUGCAUGGUCUAAAAGCUAAUAUAAGUAUUAGGUGAACACAGUAGAUCUUUACGGUUAUUUUUAACCGAAUUGCAACAAAAAAAUAAAAUCAAAAAUAACGGAAACCAUUAUUGUGUAAAUUUCCUCGUUGUUUUCCGGUUUUUCUCAAUUAUAAAGAAAACUACAAGGAGAAUAAAAAUUUACCCUUCCUUCCAAUGCACCAACUAGAAAAAGUUUUCUAUCAGGAUCAUCCCUUAUUGAAGUUGAUGAUAGGAGCAAGAUUUCUUGUAGAACAUUUUUUAGAGAAGUAAAACAGUGAGAAAAAAACACGCAGACACAUAUAUCUGUUAUGCUUAGAAUCUAAAAUAUUAGGGACAAGGUUGUUUUUUGGUUAUCAUCUUCCAGAAAAAAAUUUAAAUACAGUUGUUACAUAUCACAUUUUGGAUAGGUGAAUGUUCCUGGUAAUUGGAAUUUGGGAUAGUCAGGUAGAACGAGUAUUAAAAUUCAAAGUAGUAGGUCUUAGGGGUUGAAAAAUAUAUAUUUAUAUGAAUAAAAAUUUUUGAGAUGAGUGGUGUUUUUGAAUUUCCAAUUCUGCUACACCAAAUAAUUAUAGUUUGGUUACCACUGCAGGCCACUAAUAAAUUAUACAGUAAUACAUACCUAUCUAUUUUAAUUUUAUUUAAUUUAGCCUGAUUUAAACCAUUGCAAUUUAAAUAUCAGCUUAAGUUAUAAAAAACAACAAGAAACGUUGCAUAUUGUCGUUCACGAAGCUAAUAAUUUAAAUCUGCCUCACGGUUAGUAAAAUAAUAUUAUUAAUAAUUUUGCAGUGCAUAAAUUAAAACUUAACUUAAAUUUAUUUUAAUAUAGAUACCUAUGUACCUUUUAAAAUAAUUAAAUUAUGUAUUUAUUUUAGAAAAAUCCCGAACUUUUGUGAAAAUUGCUUAUUUUAACAAGGGCAAACGAACCAAGGAAUAUCAAUCACCAUCAGUACCGAACCUAAAAAACGAUCCUAAGGCGACGUAUGAAUUUAAAGUCGAUGUUCGGCUGGAUUUAAAUUCCGCAACAAAUGGUUAUAUAGUAAUUGGGUUGAAAGAAAAAGGAUUUUUAAAAAGGAACGAAAGCAAUUUAGGAAGAGUAAUAUUUGGUCCCUUUUUGUAUACGGAAAGAGGGUACGAUUUAACUCCUUGGGGCAAGGUUCUAUUGACCAAAGAAGGUGUUUCAGAUACGUUUAAAACAUAUUUAUAGCUUAUGAAGAACAAAAAAUAUAAAUUAAUAUUUAAAGAAAAUAAUAUACUCUUAUAAAUAUAAUAUACAGGUGUUGUUCUAUUUAAUAUGCACACUCAUUUCGUGAUUAAUUUUCGAUUUUAAAUAUAAAUAUAUGUAUUAUAU